UCCUUGUGUCUCCAGACGCACCAGUGUGGCUCAUUUAGCCGUGAUGACAUCAUGAUGAGGACUGGGGACACUGGUCUUUCUACUCGAAACAAACCAAAAAUCCAAUCACUGCACAGUCACACUACAAUUGAUUGACAGGCAACUACAUGUUUGAUUGGUGACCAAUAAUCGAUUCGCAGUCGCACGCGCGGCGUACUGUGAGGUUUCAUCUUGUUUACAAAGAUAGCUAAAAACACUGCUGAGCGGGGAAGGCGAGCCUCAUGAGUCGGCCUCGUGGAUUGCAUCGACAUUAUGGAUUUAACUAAAAUGGGUAUGAUCCAGCUCCAGAACCCCAACCACCCCACUGCCCUGCUGCAGAAGGCCAACCAGAUGCGUCUGGCCGGGACUCUCUGUGACGUGGUCAUCAUGGUGGACAGCCAGGAGUUCCACGCUCACCGGACUGUGCUCGCCUGCACAAGCAAAAUGUUUGAGAUCCUCUUCCACCGCAGCAGCCAGCAUUACACCCUGGACUUUCUUUCACCAAAGACUUUUCAGCAGAUUUUGGAGUAUGCUUACACUGCCACACUCCAGGCCAAGGUGGAGGACUUAGAUGACCUUCUGUAUGCAGCAGAGAUCCUGGAGAUUGAAUACCUGGAAGAGCAAUGCCUCAAGAUCCUGGAAACCAUCCAGUCCUCAGAUGAGAAUGACGUGGAAGUCAACGUUAAUGAUGGGAGCACAGAGGACGAUGAUGAGCGCAAAGGCCACAAUGGAGCCAAGAACUCCAAAAAGCAUUCCAUGGAGAGCCCCUGUCUGGCGAGUGCCCAGCAAGCCUCCAUCAUGGCUAGCAUGGUGGACCAGAGUCCCUCGGUCUCCACCUCCUUCGGCGCCUCCACCCUGAGUCCCACCAAAGCUGCCGUGGACAGCCUGAUGAGCAUCGGCCAGUCUCUGCUCCAGCAGGGCUAUGGGGGUGAACAUCUCAUCCACGGCAACUCCCACCACCUGAUGACCGAGAUCAAGACAGAAAUGAUGCAAGUGGACAUGGGUGGGAACGGCCACGACAGCCCUCCGAACAUGGAGUCCAGUGCUUCCAGCAAUGGAGAGCGAAGUGGUGAGGAUAGGAACCGAGAUGGUCCAGGAACACCAACCAGGAGCAGCGUAAUCACCAGUGCCCGCGAGCUACAUUACGUCCGCGAUGAAGGCAUGGGCGACCCUCAAGCUGAUGCCAGCCAGAUGGGGCUGGAAGCAAUGGCCGGGAUGACGGAGAAACAUCUGGCCUCGCUCUACUCCCUACCUGUCAAUCAUAAAGCAGAUGCCAUCAUGUCCAUGCCGGCAUCCAUGGCCUCCGCUCUCCCAAUGUCCCCAGCCCUGGCAAUGUCUAUGGACUUCAGUGCCUACGGGGGACUCCUGCCUCAGAGCUUCAUCCAGAGAGAGUUCUUCAGCAAGCUCGGGGAGCUGGCAGUGGGCAUGAAACCAGACGGCAGGAACCAGCACGAACGUUGCAAUGUUUGCGGUGCAGAACUACCAGAUAACGAAGCUGUGGAGCAGCACAGGAAGAUGCACAGUGGAAUGAAGACCUACGGCUGUGAGCUGUGUGGAAAGAGCUUCCUGGACAGUCUCCGUCUACGGAUGCAUUUGCUGUCUCAUUCAGCUGGUGAGAAGGCCAUCGUUUGUGACCAGUGUGGUGCCCAGUUCCAGACAGAGGAAUCCCUGGAGGCUCAUCGGCAGAUCCACACCGGCUCCGACAUGGCCAUCUUUUGCCUGCUUUGUGGGAAGCGUUUCCAGACCCAGACAGCACUGCAGCAGCACAUGGAAGUCCACGCCGGCGUUCGCAGCUACAUUUGCAGUGAAUGCAACCGGACUUUCCCCAGCCAUACUGCACUCAAACGUCACCUACGCUCACACACAGCAGGGGACCAUCCAUUUGAGUGCGAGUUCUGCGGGAGCUGCUUCCGAGAUGAGAGCACGCUGAAGGGCCACAAACGCAUCCACACCGGGGAGAAGCCCUAUGAAUGUAACGGCUGUGGGAAGAAGUUCAGCCUCAAGCACCAGCUGGAAACCCACUACCGUGUGCACACAGGUGAGAAGCCAUUCGAGUGCAAGCUGUGCCACCAGCGAUCCAGGGACUACUCGGCCAUGAUCAAGCACCUGCGCACCCACAACGGCGCCUCGCCCUACCAAUGCACCAUCUGCCUGGAGUACUGCCCCAGCCUGUCAGCCAUGCAGAAGCACAUGAAAGGCCACAAGCCCGAAGACAUCCCGCCAGACUGGCGCAUAGAGAAGACCUACCUGUACCUCUGCUAUGUCUGAGGCCGGGAGAGCGAAUGAAGAGAGGGAGGGUACGUGUGAGGGUAGGGGGCAGGGGUUGAGAGGUAAGGGGAAUGUAAUUCAGCGGAUAGGAGGCUGUGGUGGAGUGUUGACGAUGUAGGAACGUCAACGGCAAGAGACUCGAAAGCAAGAGGGUUUGUUUUCUCUUUUUACUUUUCAUGCAAAGGUGGCGGCGACCAGCGGGGUAAAAGGGUGGUGAUUGUGGGACAGAAGUGCUAAGGAGAGAAAGACUUGGACACGGAGAGAGAUUCUCCACCAUAGUUCGGAUUCACCGGGUCAUUCACUACAUCUGCAACUGUGUUAUUGUUUCAGGUCAUUUCAUGCAGCGCCAUACAGCGAGCGAGCUGCAAGGAAGUGACUUUUUGGAUGCUGCUGCGAUUGAGAAAGCAGAUUCUCAAGGGCUAUCUGAACCUGCACAUCCUUGCCAUCACUCCAUUUUGAGUUCUUUUACUUUCCAAACGGAGGAAAGGCUUUUUUUUUGUUUGUUUUACUUUGGUAUUGGUUUGUUUACAUUUGCAUUGCUUAGUCAUACUAGUUUGGAUUACAUGAGCAAUAUGUGAAUAUGAGCAGCAGUUUAGGCCCCCAUUUAAUCAUGUCAUGGGUUGCUUUCCAAGUAUUGAGGAACUGCUGGCUUUCAGAAGCCAAAACCCUUCUUGUCAUGGUAGUUAUCUUGUUAGGAGAAUUGAGAUGUUAUUUUCAACAGUUUUCAACUUAUCAAGAAGCAUUUGAAGAGCUUGAGUGAACUGCUUCAGGUGAGCAAGCUCCUAAUUCUUCCCAUCCCUAACAGGAGAUGUAUCUGUUUUGCAAACUUGUGUCAUUUCUGCCUGUGCAUUAGACACAGAUCUUCCCAAUUUUCUGCCAGUACCAUACCCAGAUCCUUUGGAUCCCAGCAGUGGCAGUGAGAUAGCCCCUGAGAAUCAGCAGCGGAGCGGAGCCGGUGGGCAUAUGCAGUACAUGAAACAGUUGAACUGGAUGAAUGGGAGCACUAAAAUACUGCAAACCAAGCAUCUGUUUGGUUGUUUGGGUGGGGGGGGGGGGAGGGGCGGAGAAGAUGCUAGUGCUGCUUUUUUUUGUUGGAAGUCUCCCCAGUUUUCUCAGUUGUCUUCCUGGUCCUGCAUCUCUGUCGGAUGAGGGCUGGAGAAGGUCGAGUCACCACUGGCCACCCGUGGUUCUCCGCAGAGAGCCAACUUGUGUCACUUUUUUCAUCUUGUAUUUUUUUAGCUCUGCAUCGUACAGCAGUUUAUCAUGGCUUGAUUGCACAGGUAAAAAACAAAUUACGACAACAGUCUCUGUUUGAUGUCUGCAAGUUAUAUAUUUUUUCAUUAAAUCAUAACUCGCUAUCACAGUAUGCCACAUUAAACCCUGCAUAUCCACCUACUCAGCAAUAGAUAACUGGACUGCUUUUAUCCAUGUACAUUUAACCAGAUUACUAUCAUUAUCUCACACUAAUGAUGAACUACACAAACUGACACAUAAGCAGUUAACACUUGUACGCCACAAUAGAUCUGUCCAUUCACCACAGUGAUGGAAAACAAAAUGGGAAAAGGCUGCUUUCCGUGGGAGUCCUGUGACUUCGACUGCUCGUUGUGAAUGUUGAAGAAGUGCUGGGAAUGCCUUAGCUGCAACCCUGUUGUCAAACGUGGUGUGGCAGGUUAAAGACUGUUAUAUGGCAUCAAAACAUGAAUGUGAAAGACUGUGAGCCGGGUUCUUACUAGGCUGUCGUCAGAUACACAGCAGGUCAAUGCUGCCUUUCACUGGAAGUCAGAAACCUGUAACUCCCAGCUUGGAGGUGGUUUUUAGUCUCCAUGCCUUGGUUCAGACUUUCUUCAUCAGAAUACUAUACUCUUCAUGCAACAGCUCGUGCGUUAGCUAGCUAGCUAGCAGCUCUAAAUGCUAUUUUACAUUUGAAAUAGAUAUAUGUAAUCAUUCACCACCAGGUGUUAUGAUAAAUGGGAUAAAAUGUUCUUGAUGAAAGGGCUUUAACAGAUUGCACAUCAGGGCCUUGAGGUCAUGUGAUCUUCAAAUUCAAACUUUAGUGAACAUUGAAGCAAGGCUGGAUUACUAACAAAGGUUACGAUAUUGUAACCCUAGUUCUGUUAGCACAGGGUCUGCCCUCGACUGGACUCAAAGGGUAAUGUUCUCCUCUAAUCAUGAGCAGACAUUCAUCCACUGAAAUCUGGGUAAAUGUAACCAGCUAAUCAGAAUGUGCCUUCUCAAAUAUGUGUAGAGCCUACAACAUGUAUAGGAGGCUAGUGACCAUGUUCUAACAGCAAGCGAGCAUCUGACUAUCGCACCACAUCGCGUUACAUCGUACGUUUUCAGUCCAUACUGGAUCUGCUAAGUAUGUGUGUGGUCUCAGAGUAACCACUAAAAGGAUGGUCAAACACGUGCUGUCUUACUAUUCAUAUUCAUACCAGUAUUAUCAUGGGUAAUUAUAUCAUUGUUGUAUACAUACUAUAUCAUACCACCACCUGCACUUUGUAAAACAAGCUAGCUUGCUAGCAAGCUCUGCUGAGCCACACAAUACAUGCCAGAAACAUUCAGCUCGGUGGUGAUGUCCCUCCAGCCAGAUGCCAACUUAUUUAGGUUUUUGUUGUGUUAUCUAGAUGAUACCUCCUCAUUUCAACCUUGUGAAUCUGCUGUUCCUCAUCCAUUGCAGCGUUUUCAACACAAGCGAAAAUGGCAAAUGGAAAUGUGGCAUCCAACAAAUGUUUUGUUCAAUGCGGUGUGCCACAUUGCACUGCUUUUGGGGCAGUCCAAUAGGUAAUAAGUGGGCUGAUGGGCCAGAUUGUUCACAUUGCUCCAUUUUGGCCCCACAUGGGUUAUGUUACCUGGGUACCAAGUGGGUAUGGGCCCAAAAUGGGGAUCUUAUCUGGGGCCCACUUGGGUAAACCCAUCCAUGUUGGCAAUGGGUGUGGGGCCAAUAUAAAAUAAUGUGGACAAUCCGUCAUACAGCUCCUAUAUACAUUGUGGGCACCGCAUGUAUUCGUUUAGGCACGUUCUGAUUAGAUGGCACAUUUAUGCAGAUUUCAGUGGGCGAAUACGUGGAGAAGAGUAUUACCUAUUGAGUCCAGUAGAGGGCGGAGCCUGUGUGAGGUUGAACUGGGCAAAACAGGAGAGGGCCCCCAGUCCAUCAGGGGCCACAGAAGCCUUUUUGUCUGAGAGUGUGCACCACUGGAGAAGUAGCAACUGAAAUAAGGAUCUAAAGGUGGGUCCUGCGUUAUCUGAGGCUCCUUACCUGUAGUUAUAUCACAAAUAGUGUUUAAAUGGUACAUAUUUGCAUUUCAGUUACCACUGUGGUCAUGUUAAAAGUAACAUGUAGCAUUUACAGUGUAUGUUGCGAUGCUGACAUGACCACAACUCUGCGUACAGCACAAACUGAAAAACUUGUUUUGUUGAGAGGGAGGUGGGAAUUUCCGAUUUUCUGACGUCUCUGAAAUGCAGCAUUAAACUUGUAGGACUACAGCCACAGGUAUUAUGGGUGAACCUAAGGCUUUAAUGAGCAUCACUGCACGUCACAGCGUUACCGGGUUGAUCACAUAUCCAAAUGGCCGGUGGAAAAAAAAAAAAGGGGGAAAUCACUGAUAGGACGAGACACUGCCCAGCAGCUUAGGGGGCGACCAGUAAGACGACAGAAUAAAUCAACUCUUUCUCUGUGGUUUUGUCCCUGCGCUUCGUCUCUCUCGUCUCCUGUUGUUGUUGUUGUUGUUAUUAUUGACCUUGAGUUUGAUCUCAACACAUCGUACUUGAAUUACCUCGUUUUGUGACCUCAUGUUGCUUGUGUAUUUUAAUUUUCCCUUUUGUUUCAUUUGUACACUUUUUCGUGUGUUCAUGAGUGUGUGUCAGAAAGACGCAUUGCACGACGUGAUGACGCAAUGCGUACGCAGAAAAAUUAAGUGCCACGGUGAAGAGAUUUUUUUUGUUUUUCUAAUGUUGUGUAUUUCUUUGUGCAUUACUUGUUACCAAACUUGGUAUUAUUAACCCCGCUUGUUAAAGAGCCGGAAGGUUUGGUCAUUUGUUAUAAAAGCUACCUCUAAGUUGUUCCAUUAUUUUUGGCAAAAGCACAUUUUUUUGUGUUUGUGUUUUGCAUUAUUUCAUCAUUGCUACUUCAUCUCAUGCUUUUUUUUUCAAAAGUUGAUUUAUGAUUGUCUGUUUUUAAGCAAAAUGUAUAUAAAAGCGUAAGAGAUAACAAAAGUAGAGGUUGAUAGGAUUUGGAAAGUCAUUCAAAUGGACGUUUAUUCUUCUCUUAUAGUCUCCCCCUGCACCUCCAACCACAGAAGAGCAGAGAAAAGAAAAAGCAAUUUUGAAGCCUUAAGUGAUGAGUAAGAGGGAUGUGGCAGAUAAGAGGAAGUACUAUUGCUUUUUAAGAGGGUUUAAAAACAAGAAUUAAAACUUGAAAAUAUGUGAAUAGAAGUGUAGUUUUGUAAUGUGAAAAAAAAGGAAGGUUCAUCAAAAAAAACAAAAAACAAAAAACGCUGAACCGCCCAGGACAGGUCAUAUUUGCAGUGAUGCAGAGUGCGUUGGACAAUUGGAACUGCAAGUGGUAAUCAACACAAGAAAAGAAAAAAAAAAAGAAAAACCAGAAGGUUAAAAAUAGAGAUUCUCUCGGCUGACAAGCUCCUCUUGAGAAAUGAGCGUAUUCCUGAACAAGAGCCAACAGAGGCAAUUUGAUAUAUAAAAAUUGUGAUAUUUUUGUAUUCAGUGUCAGUCCUUUUUCCAUUUGUGGAGGGUUACAGCAGGGCACAAAUAUUUGUAUUUCUUUUUUUUUUUUUUUUACCUGUUUUUUUUUCUCUCUCUGGGUGUGAAUCAUUUUUGCCUUGCUCCUCUUUGAUAUUGUUGGACAAAAAAACAUGUGUGUGAACAUAUUGUAAUAAUAAGUGUUGCUUUCUGGAUGUCAAUUGCAUUGUAGGUGAAGGACUAAAUCUAUCCGCCACAAAUUUUACGAGUGUGUGUGUAUGUGACGAAAAAAAAAAAAGGUUAAAAAAAAAAAAGAUAAAAUACGGGAUGGCAGAAGGGCGCUGCCAAACCGACCAAUUAGUACUUGUCAUUCACAAUUUUUCAAUCAAACUUGACUGUCGACAUGUCUUUUGUUUUUGUAUUUGAAAAAAAAAAAAAAAGAAGAAGGGAUGGCACGUCCCGUGGUGUCUUGCCAUUUUAUUCUCAAACACUGUGAGCUGAGGGGCUUUUUCACCCUCAUAUAAUAUCCACCCACUAUAAUACGCAGUCACGGCUCAGUCUGAACCUCCACAAUGCAAGACCUGAUCAGUCACAUUAUUCCUAUCAUCGUCCUCUGAAUGUUUUCUACUUUUUCGUGCGGGUGAAAGAGUGCGUAAAAGAGUGUGUAACUAUGUUGCGUGCGUGCGUGUGUGUGUAUUAGUGGAAAAAUGCACUAAUCAGAUCAGAUACAAAAUAAAAUGAUACUCUAUGCCACUUUUUUUCUCUAUGUUGGAAAAAAAUAUAUAUAUACAUUGGCAUCGAUAUAGUUCUUCCCUCAGUGUUCCUCCGAUGUUUCUGUACUAUUUGUGCCUAAAAAUGGAAUUUGUUCAACAAAAAUAUCCAUCUAUAUCUGCUUAGUUUCCGUAUUUUCAGAAGAAAAUAAAAAUGGUGUCUCCAGCACCCUAGGGAUGUCAUGACGCUCGCAAAUGACCUGAUUUUUUUUUGUUGUUGUUUUUUAAUCCUGAAUAGAGCAGGGUGUCUUUUUCAAGGACUGCAAUAAACCCUUAAUGCUAUUGAAAUAGCAACUGGGAUUCUGCAUUCACUUCUUUUCUUUGUGAUUGGCACCCAAAAGCAUUUAUUUAGCGCCACAAAACAAAGCGUAGGGAGAAUUUACUGGAAUCCAGACAGAGACUGUCGGGACAAAAUCUGCUCCAUGAAAUUGUUUUUUUGUUUUUUAUUCUGCAGGCAAAUUAAGCCCCAAGUCUCCGCUCAGAUCGUCUUUUUUUUUUUUUUGUCCUCCUCUCUUUUUUUGUCAGCAACAGGUUUGCUGAUGAGAACUUUAUAUUGCUCUUGAAAAAUAUAAGACUAAAAACCUCCAUUUGGGUAGGUUGGCACUAGGGUAUUCCCCUUCUGCUUUGCUUCAGUUUUUAAGUACUUUUUCUUUUCUACAAAAUGCAUUUAGAAGGGGAUGUUAAAAUUCGUCAGAGAGGAAUCAUGGCAUCCCUGGAGCUGGCACUCUGUGUUUUGGUGUGGUGUUUCUAGAACAAAGUAGCCAUUUCAUGCAGUGUUGCAAUGCAUGUGCCAUCGAGGUCUAGACUAAAAACUGUUUUGAGUAACAAAGCACCAAGACAUUGUAUUUUUUUAUAUUAGCACUGAGGACCAAUUGCCCUGUCGGACCAAGCAUAACAAAGCUUUUUAUGUAACAAAGCUUUUCUCUCUCUCUGUCUUUCCCUGGCUUGUCUGUGCUACUUCUCUCCUCCAUUGUUGUGACAGCACAAGUGCCAGUCAAGUUGCUCUGUAUUAAGAAAAUAGUGUUUUUAUUAUGAUUUGAAUUGUUAUAGUUUUUGUCUACCUCAGCACCUAAUCUUAGCCUAAUCUUAGAAGGUGCCCAAUUAUUAUUUUUUAUUUUCUUUAUUUUGUUCUCUUACUGUUGUCAGUUGUAUGAUUUUUUGAAAAAUUUGCAUUAGAGCUUUGCAAAGGUCCUUUGUCUUUUCCAGCGACAACGUGCUAUUUUUUUCCGUGGCAGUACGUUUCCUGUUGAGCUGUGCCACCAAUCUAUAGCCACCGUCUGUUGAUAUAGAGGUUGUUCUUUUUUGUUUUCUUUCCAUGUAGAAUCAGACACCUCUCUUUGUAACAUUUCAGUGUUCUCUGAUGGAGUGUGAAAAAAAAAAUAAAAAGGAAAAAUAAAAGAUUUAAUGCUGCAGGUUCUCUUCUCCAUGUUGUCACUAAAGUCAAUGUUGUGCCUUUGAUAGUGAAAAUAUAAAGAAUAUUUCUUUCUUUUUUUACAUCCUACUAACAGUAGAUUGUUUUUUGUAGUGGAAUUUUUUUGUAUUUUUAUUUAUGAGUCUCAUAAUAAAAAUCAAAUCAUGAUGUUCAGUUGUAUACUUUCAAUCUGCGGUUAGAAAAAAAUAAAAAAUGGUCUUCAUGUUGUCUGUCUUA